CAACCUCUGCACCCACGACUCCCGAUUGAGGGCAUCGCCAGAUUUCCGCCGACGCGUCUGACUUGCUCCCUCAAUCCCAAGCCACUGCAGGUACGUCAGCCUCUUCUAUUGCCUGGAAACAUCACCGCCUGCCUCGCUGCACUUUGCUGUGAUGCCAUCGUCGGGGCAGGCUGGCAUGGGAAACACAUUUUUGGUCCGACUCUGAUUCACUGUCACUGUUACCCGAACUUGUCAAUGAGCCACGUUUGCCCGAUGAUGAGGACACGCUCUGGGUUUCGCACACACCGUCACCCAACCAACCUCGUUCCUCCUGCAUCCAUCCAUCCAUCCAUUCAUCCAUAACUACGAUCGGUCCUCGAAUGUGCUGCUAACAUUGCUUUAGCCAUCAGUCUGCAAGCUUGUAUCUACAUCCCCAUCAACCAACACCCACCUAAUACUGCCUCGCUCCCCCGCGGAUCGAGACCACCGACCUCACGAUGACAACAAUGGAUCUCCGCGUCGGUAACAAAUACCGCAUCGGUAGAAAGAUUGGUUCUGGUUCGUUCGGAGAUAUUUACCUGGGCACCAACAUCAUUUCUGGAGAGGAGAUUGCCAUCAAGCUCGAGUCCGUCAAGGCCAAGCACCCCCAGCUGGAGUAUGAGGCACGCGUCUACAAGUCUCUUGCUGGCGGUGUCGGCAUCCCCUUUGUCCGCUGGUUCGGUACCGAGUGCGACUACAAUGCCAUGGUCCUGGACCUCCUCGGCCCCAGUCUGGAAGACCUCUUCAACUUCUGCAACCGCAAGUUCUCGCUCAAGACUGUCCUUCUCCUCGCCGACCAGCUCAUCUCGCGUAUCGAGUACAUCCACGCCAAGUCGUUCAUCCACCGCGACAUCAAGCCCGACAACUUCCUGAUGGGUAUCGGCAAGCGAGGUAACCAAGUCAACGUGAUCGACUUUGGUCUCGCCAAGAAGUACCGCGACCCCAAGACUCACUUCCACAUCCCCUACCGUGAGAACAAGAACUUGACCGGUACUGCCCGCUACGCUUCCAUCAACACUCAUCUGGGUGUCGAGCAGUCUCGCCGCGAUGAUAUGGAGUCGCUGGGCUAUGUCAUGCUCUACUUCUGCCGUGGCUCCCUGCCUUGGCAGGGUCUGAAGGCUGCCACCAAGAAGCAGAAGUACGACCGCAUCAUGGAGAAGAAGAUGACUACCCCCACCGAGGUUCUUUGCCGUGGCUUCCCCAACGAGUUCGCCAUCUAUCUCAACUACACCCGCUCGCUCCGCUUUGACGACAAGCCCGACUACAGCUACCUCCGCAAGAUCUUCCGCGAUCUGUUUGUCCGCGAGGGUUUCCAGUACGAUUACGUCUUCGACUGGACUGUCUACAAGUACCAGAAGAACGCCCAGGCCAUUGCCCAGGCUGCCCAGAACCCCGAGGACGAGGAGAAGGCCCGUGCCGCUCGCAACGCCGCUGCUGGCGCGUCCGGCUCCAAGGCCGCUCCUGCAAUCAACAGCUCCCGCCGUAAGAUGCUUGAGCGUGGCUCUGGCGCUGGGGUCGACUCCCCCGACACUGGCCGUGCCAUUGGUGGAAGUGAUAGGAUUGGACAAUGAACAGGCUCCGCUCAGCAUCAAAGGGCACUGGCUUCGUCUCCCGCCCUAAAUGAUGUUUGAACCCAGCCCCCCCCCCUCCUCCAACCUGCAGGACCACUUGAGCAACUGG